GAUGAUUGAGCACAGGUGUUAGGUUAGUGCAAUCGCAGGCGCAGGCCACAGCUGGUCGUGAAGCGAACAGCUCUCUCGAGAUAACGCGAGAGUAUCGCGGACACAGUUCCGUGAUCUCCUAUCUUGAGCAGUUCGCUGUUAUUGAUCAGUGAAUCCCUAGUGAUGAUUAAAUUCUCACCGGCAUUUCUGAAGCAGUUAUGGCUGACCCUGGCUGCGUCACUGUCGUUCCUGAUCAUCGGCCUGGUGCGAGGGUACUCGUCUUCCGCUCUGCCGUCUUUAGAGGCAUUAGAGCCAACGUUAAUACAGAACGGACAACAGAAAUCAUGGAUCGGUGCUAUACCUCCUCUGGGAGCGUUCAUGGGUAGCCUGAUGGCAGGGCCGCUGAUGCAGAAGGCUGGUCGGCGGCGCACGCUGCAGAUGUCUGCGCCGCUCUGGCUGGCCGGCUGGCUCGUGCUGGGGUUCGCCAAGCUGUUCCCGCUGGUACUCCUGGGCAGGAUCAUGAUGGGACUGUGCGUUGGCCUUGUUCUGGCUCCAGCUCAGGUUUAUGUGAGUGAGUGUUGUGACCCCGAGAUCCGCGGGAGACUGGGUUCCCUGCCCACGUUGUCCAUGUCUCUGGGCAUCCUGUUCUCGUACAUCGCUGGCAACUGGCUCCAAUGGCGGUAUCUCGCGUUCUUCUCAGCUGCAUUCUGUGUGGUGUUGUUUAUGUUUCUGCUGCCCCUACCGGAGUCGCCAGUGUGGCUGGACGCGAACGGCUGCGACGCGUCGGGCUCUGUCAAGUGGCUACACCUCUCCGCCCGAGCCACCGCCACUGUCAAGGACGAACCGGACGAGAAAUGUGUGGAGGUGGAAACCCCAAGCCUGUUCACUCGCAAGGUAUUCUUCUCGUCGGCCGUGAUGAAGCCCCUCGUCGUUGGGUUCGCUCUCCUCUUCUUCCAGCAGUUCAGCGGAAUUGACGCCGUCAUAUUCUUCACGGUUGAGAUCUUCGAGAGUGCAGGGAGUAGAAUGGACGCCAUGACGGCCACCAUAAUAGUCGGCUUGGUGCAGCUGGUCAGCAACGGAGUGAGCACGAUGCUGGUGGACCGCGCGGGUCGACGACCUCUGCUGCUACUGUCCUCUGCGGUCAUGUGUCUCUCCAUGGCUGCUAUGGGAGCCGCUUUCUUCUUCGAGUUCGGGAAAGAGUCCUGGAUUGGGUACUUGCCCAUAGCGAGUCUGGUGGUGUUCAUGAUGGGUUUCUCGCUGGGUUUCGGCGGUCUGCCCUUCCUCCUUCUGGGCGAGCUGUUCCCGGCCCAGUACCGCUCCCAGCUGUCCGCCAUGGCUAGCGCCGUUAACCUGAUGUCUAUGUUCACUGUUAUCAAGACAUACCACUCUCUCGACGAGUUGAUGACUUCCGCUGGAACAUUCUGGAUGUACUCAUGUUUCUGCGCAUUGGCUUUCGUCUUCGUAUUGGUGAUGGUUCCUGAGACCAAGGGCAAGUCCCUGGCAGAGAUCGAAGAACAUUUCCGAGGGAAGAAGACGAAGCGGGCGGUGUCUUUACAAACAAUUUCGGCCAAUUGUUGUUAGAGAAAAUAUUUUUCCACGUGAAAUAUUCACGUUAGUUUAAUAACCUAACUUUUUCAACCACAGUGUUGAUAUGAAUCUACAUCGAGUCUGAAAGUGUUUUUCACUUCUUAUGUAAAUAUAUUUUUCUAAUUUGAAACUUAAGACUCAAAUCUAUAUAUAUAAAUUAGUAUAAAAGACUUCGUUUUUAUUUUCAAAAUAUAAUUACAAAAAUAAUAAUUAUAAUUUUAAAUAAUUUUAAAGCACGUCGCCGCGCGGAACGGUUCCAAGAAAGUUGGUAGCAUUACCUAUAUAUAUGUUUACUUAGGCAAAGAAUGAUUCUCAUAUUAUGCUAUAUAUCUACCUACCUAGUGUUAUUUAAACAUGCCAGUUUUAUUUUUAAAUAUACUCAAUAUCCGCAACACACAAAGAUUUGAAAAAAAGUAGUGUAAGUAGAAUCAGAAUAGAAAGAAACAAAUCCAACUUUCCUAUAGAUAUGAUGUGAAUCCAAAAAUGUUUUUGCUAUAAAAGUACUUUAAAAAAUAAAAUAGCAAGCCGAAGAGCAUCAAAGGAUCUCGAAUGUUACCAAGUAAUCAACAAAUGUGUGAUAUAAAACCUUUAUAAGUAGUUUUAAAAUCAUGUCGAAUAGAUUCAUAUGUCGACAUUAUAUGUUGCGUUUUAUUUUAUUUUGCAUGGUGCUAUUUCUUUAUUUUCGUAAAUUUCGCUUUUGGUGCAAUAAAGAGUAUUGUAUUAUAUUGUAUUGAUACACGGCAAAAGGUACCUAGUGACAACUUUCAGAGCUCGUCACCAUUGCUCAGUCGCGUUCCGUCACGUUGACAUCCGUCGACGGCCUAAAGCAGAAAACCGUAGAAUCUGUAUUCAGUUUCUACGCAUAUAGCAACGCACGUCAUUGUCAAAACCUAUAGAAAACAACGGCGCACGUACUGCGACGACGCAACGGAACACGAUUUUGAAAUGAGAGCAGCUCUUAUUAGUAUAGUAUGUAUUUUUGUAUAGGUACUUAGGUUAAAAUAUUUUUAAACCAUAACAUAUAAUAAAUGGACGUUAGUUGCCGAAUUGUUCAAUUGUCAAUAAAUAGUGUACAACAUAUUUAUUUGUAUGUAAUACCUAAUUAAUGUUUGCCAUAAUAGAUUAUAUCGUAUAGAAUGGAUCAAGCUGUACUGAAUUAUCUAAUGGGUAUAAAUAUCCCCUUAAUUAGUAUUGUAAGAUGCUCAGAAAAAAAUACAGUUAAUAAUUGCAAAAAUUUGAAAUAUUUCGUGACAUUAUAGGUAACUUAAUUAUCAACCUUGGCAAAUGAUAAAAAAAAUAAGUACCUAUGUGCCUAAUUAAUUAUGUGCUAAUAAGACUAUUGUACCUAGCUGAAGGUAAUAAAAAUAUGACAUACUUACUUAUUCCACAGCUUACCUUAAUCAAAUGUAUUUGCAAAUAUGUCAUGAAGAUUAAAUUAAUUUCUCAAGUAAUGGUGGAAUAUAGGCAUUUUAUAUCACAAUUACAAAACUGAUGAAAGCAUGAAAAGUUCAAAUUGUAAAGAAAAGUUAAAUUAACUCUUAUUCAUUUUGUAUCUCAAUCACACGAUUACUCGUUCUGUAUCCAUGUUAUAAUAUAAUAAUUAUAGUUUAAAAAUAACAAAUUGUUGUACAAAGGUUUUGUUUUAUUAGUUAUUAUUAAGUAAAAAAAUGUGUUGGCGUU